CACAAAUGUUGGGAAUCGCCUCUCCACAGUCUAGUACGGCGGAAACUGUAUACGUUACAGAGUUAAUCGUUACACAUAAUGUCAGUACCAAUUAACACUCCACAAACAAAUGCUUCUAGAGGUCCACAGACUCCACCUCCUACAUACGAUCAACUGUUCCCCUACAGCCGUGAAAAUAUGCAGCCUGUUGAUAGUACAAGUAGGCAUUUGGUUGAACUUGUGAGAAAAAAUAAAAACUACCUACUACUCUCUAUCUUUGUGACAAUAAUUUUCUGUUCGCCAUUUGGAAUCAUUGGAAUUAUUUACAGUGUUGAUGGCUCAAGGAAGUUGGACCGUGGAGAUAAUGUCGGCGCACUGAAUGCUGUUAAUUUAUCGAAACUCUGGUCAAUUACUGGUUUGGUGGUCGGUUUGGUAAUCGUCUGCUUCAUCAACAUAAUCUGGUGGUUCUCACGAGAGCCCUAG